GCGCGCGGCGCGGCGCGGCGCGGUGCUGUUAUGGAGACGGAGCCGCAGCAGCCGGAGCCUGGCCGGGCGCGCGGGAGGCGAUGAUGGGGCGAUGGCCCAGGCGGGAGGCUGCGGCGCUGGGGGCGCGGGCGAGCCGGAGCCGGCGGAGCUGUCCCUGGAGGCGGUGCUGAAGGCGUACGAGCAGCCCAUCAACGAGGAGCAGGCUUGGGCCGUGUGCUUCCAGGGCUGCCGCGGGCUGCGGGGCGCGCCGGGCUCCGGGCGGCGCAUCCGGGACACGGCCGACAUCGUCCUGCGCAGGGACGGCUCGGUGGGCGCGCGGCCCGCCGAGGACGCGGCCGGAGGGGACGGGGGCAAGGAGGGCGCGGCGGAGUCUGCAACAAUGGUGGGAUCACCAGCCAGCUCAGAAGCCCAGAUGGUGCAGUCCCUGGGCUUUGCCAUCUACCGAGCAUUGGACUGGGGACUGGAUGAGAACGAGGAGCGGGAGCUGAGCCCGCAGCUGGAGCGGCUCAUUGACCUCAUGGCCAACAAUGACUGCGAGGAUUCGGAUGAGGAUGGCUGUGGCGGUGCAGAUGAGGGCUAUGUGGCGGCAGAGGAGGAAGAAGAGGGCGCCGAGGUCCCACGCAUGGUCCGCACUUUUGCACAGGCCAUGAGGCUAUGCGCACUGCGCCUCAGCGACCCCCGGGGCGCGCAUGCCCACUACCAAGCCGUGUGCCGUGCACUUUUUGUGGAGACCCUGGAGCUGCAGGCCUUCCUGGCCAGAGUUCGCGACGCCAAGGAGAUGCUCCAAAAGCUUCGGGAAGAGGAUUCCCAGGCAGAGAAGCCCCUGGCAGAACUAGACCACCUGGGGCACACGGACUGGACUCGACUCUGGGUCCAGCUCAUGCGGGAACUUCGCCAUGGAGUGAAGCUCAAGAAGGUUCAAGAGCAGGAAUUCAACCCACUCCCCACCGAGUUCCAGCUCACGCCCUUUGAGAUGCUGAUGCAGGACAUCCGUGCCCGGAACUACAAGUUGCGCAAGGUCAUGGUCAAUGGAGAUAUCCCCCCACGAGUGAAGAAGGAUGCUCAUGACCUCAUUUUGGACUUCAUCCGCUCAAGGCCUCCUCUGAAACAGGUCUCAGAGAGAAGGCUGCGCCCCCUGCCACAGAAGCAGCGGAGUCUGCACGAGAAGAUCCUGGAGGAAAUCAAGCAGGAGAGACAGCUGCGCCCUGUAGGGGCUCGAGGGUUUGGCUCCCUGCCCUGCAUCCUCAACGCCUGUUCAGGGGCCCUCAAGGCCUCUUCCUGCAUCAACCUGUCGGUCCCAGACGCGGGGGGAAGUGCCCUUCGCCCUCGGCCCCGUGUCCUGCUGAAGGCUCCCACCUUGGCUGAGAUGGAGGAGAUGACCACAUCAGAGGAGGAGGAGUCUCCAUGUGUGGAAGGGACUCUGAAGCGGGACCGCUCCUUCUCAGAGCACGACCUGGCGCAGCUCCGCACAGAACUGGCCUCUGGCCAUCAGCUGGCCGCUCUGCCCACAGAUGCCCAUCAGCCAUUGCGGCCCCGUGCAGGCAGUGCCCACAGCUGGAGGCCCAGUACCCAGGAGCGCUGCAAGUGCCCCCGUGCCCACUUUCCUGCUCUCACCCACCUACCUGCCCCACUCUCCUUCCUUCUGCUUAUAGGACUGUUUGGGACUGAAGUGCUAAGACAGGGGGUAGGGUGUUUGCCUUGCAUGUGGCCAACCCCGCUUCGUGCUCUUCCCCCAGGUUCCUUCCCUAGGCCCGAGCCCAGCUCCCAGCCAUGCAGCUCCCAGAGCACCACAGAGGACAGGCCCAGGGCCUGCACAACCAGUGACGCCAGUCACCAGUGGCUGGAGUUCAGCCACCCCGUGGAGAGCCUGGCCCUCACGGUGGAGGAGGUGAUGGAGGUGCGGCGUGUGCUGGUGAAAGCUGAGAUGGAGAAGUUCCUGCACAACAAGGAGCUGGUCAGCAGCCUGAAGAAGGGGAAGGUAUGCUGCUGCUGCCGGACCAAGUUCUCCCUGUUUUCCUGGCCGCCCAACUGUCUCUUCUGCAAGAGGGCCAUGUGUGGCUCCUGCAGUGUCAAGAUGAAGAUGCCUUCUAAGAAGCUUGCGCAUAUUCCUGUCUACGCUCUGGGCUUCGAUGGUCCUCCAAGGGGGUCUGCCACAAAAGCAAUGCCAAUGCUGAGAAGAGAAGUCUUCCAAUCCCUGCAGGGCCCGCAGUGGCAGAGCGUCGAGGAAGAGUUUCCACACCUCUACACACAUGGUGGAGUACUCAAGGACGUCUGCAAUGACUGUACCAGCUUCGUGGCUGAUGUGGUCUGCUCCAGCCGCAAAAGCGUGGAUGCCCUCAACGCCACUCCACGCAGGGCACGGCAGACCCAGUCUCUCUACAUCCCUAGCACCUGGAUGCUGGACUUCAAGUGAUGCCCAAGAGACUGCUGUGUGCAUGUACAUACAGAGACCAUGACAGAACAUACCCGCAGCCUGACCCUUUAUGGACGCUGGGGCCUGGCUCACUCUAAGGCCCUCCCAGGACCCCUCAGGUGGAAUAGGGGAUGAGAAGGGAGGAGUCUCUGCAGUGCAGUGAGGAGAACACAGGUUGGAGGUGGUACAGAACAAAGUGCUGGUUGUCAACCAAGUGCCGUACAGUCCCUGUGGGCCCCAGGAUAUCCCAAGUGGGCACGGCACAAGCACAAACCCAGGGGCCAUAGGAAGGAAACAAGGUCCGGAAGACACAGACUUGGAGCAGAGGACUCUGGAUAGAGCUCGGGGAAACAUUCCCAGUGUUAGUGCCUCAUCUCAGGGACCGACCAUUGCCUGUUCCUCUUCCAGGCCCCAUUGUUUCCAUUUGCAGGGAAAGCUGGAGACACUGGUCUUGGUGAGCGGCACCUACUCAUCUGGAAGGUGCAAGGCUAAGUGUCCUUGCUGCCACCCUGCCAGCACCACACCUCAGCCGCCUGGUGCAUAUUGGGUGCAGGGUAGCAGCACGGAGUGGGGUAGGCGCGCAGCUCUGUAAGUGUAUGCACUCGUCCACUUGGCUGAAUAAAGAUGUUCUCCAGGG